AUGGACACAUUGGUAGAAGCAGCGAGUUACGCCCUACGCUUUAACAAUAUCAGUCGUGGAAACAUCAUCGAACCCCCAUUGGUAAGACCUGCUGCAUCUGUUAAUAAUCCAAAGAGUCAAGUUGCGCCUGGGAGGAGGGGGGGUUCGAAAAAUUCAGGAACCAGGUCUACUGAAUCCAGAAUAAGACAAGAAAAUCCCAGCAACAAUACCAUGCAAUCGAAUCGAGCAGCUUCGCUCGCAAAUACGCAAAAAACGAACACUGGCGAUUUACAACUUCAAUAUUCUCCAUCAAUGCAGGGACAGCCUCAAGCUUCGAUGCGACGUUCCCCUCCAUCAUAUACUACACAGCAGCUCAAUCCACGCUCCAGUAUAAAGCACCAGUCAACUAAUCUCCCUGCUUGGACACCACCCAAUUUGGUUGACCUGGUGGGUGAUGAGAAUGACUAUAAAAGCGCGGAACAAACAAGUAUCUAUCAUAUCCCCACUAGCUCUAUCUUACCAAAAAUGCAAAUUCGCGGCGAUAAAUAUCCCAAUAGAGCCCGAGGUUUUUCUGGUGGAUCCAUGCGUCCUAUAAUGAGUAUGUCAGGUGUCGAGCCGGUUAUUGACAGUGGCAGUGACCAUGCAAAUCACAGUUCCCCUCUGACUUCUACUAGAGAUUCGGAAGAUUCUCAUGGUGAGAGGGGAUCAAGUCAACCAAGAAAUAGUCCAUGCGAUAGUGGUUUCGGAGAUUCCAUGGAAAGCGCAAAUACAAAUUUAAUUAUAAAAGUCGACUCCCCUUCUCCGGAAUCAGAAAACACGACUAUGGAAGACUCUGAGACUCAAGGUCACAAACAUCAUCCAACUUCUGCUAUUGUGCCUUCUGAAAGCAGUGCGGGCCAGUCUUCGGAUAGACGAUCAGACGAGCAGGAGAGCAUAAACAGAGGAGUAACUGAGCUGAAAAGAUCUAAUUCUACCAGCAUCAAUAAGGGCAUUAUUACACACAAGAAUAUGGAAGGGGAUAAAGCUAAAAACUCUACUUCUACGAACGGAGCCCGACACGGUAUGGAGGGAAAUAGUAUCAAUAGUACUAGCGAAGCCACGAUGAAAGGAGCUAUUUCUGUUACUAGCACUCACAAAAAUAUCACAAAAAGCAAUAUGGGAGAUAUCAAGGCAAAAAGACCUACUUCUUCCACUGCCAAUCAAGAAGACCCCUCAGACAAUCCAAAGAAGAAGGUCAAGACAAGUACAGACAACACAGCUCCAUCCUCGGAAUAUUCAUCCCCUUAUAUGAGCUCAUUGAAUCAGGGCCAACCAAGCAUGCGUGCUAAUUCCAUAACUUCGGCUGCUGUUGAUGAGCCCGUCGGCGGGAAAUCUGUCAGCGAGAACUCCACAUCUACUUCUCCAAAAUGA